UCUGGCCUCUUUUUUUUAGUCUGUGGUUGAUGCUUCUACUUGGAGCCGCCAGGCAAGUACAGCUCUAGGAUGUGUGGCAGGUCCCUGAGGCAGCUUUUGGCUAAGGAGAGCCAGCAUUCCACCCCCGUGGGGCGCUUCCUGCUUCCGGUGCUCGUGGGGUUCCGCAUCCUGAUUCUGGUUUCCAGUGGACCCGGGGUCUUUGGUGACGAUGAGAAUGAAUUCAUGUGCCACUUAGGGCAGCCGGACUGCAAGACUGUUUGCUAUGAUAUUUUCCGUCCUCUUUCCCCGUUGCGCUUCUGGGCCUUCCAAGUCAUCCUGCUGGCUGUACCCAGUGCGCUUUAUGUGGGUUUCACUGUGUAUCAUGUGACUGGACACUGGGAGGAAGCAGGAAAGCAGAGCAAGGAGCAAGAGGCGCGCCUUUGCAAGGACCGUCGUGGCAAGGAUGUCUCAGGGGAUGGAAGCCUCAAGCUUCUCUGGGCCUAUGUGGCACAGCUUGGGGUGCGGCUGGUCCUUGAGGGAGGAGCCCUGGGAGUUCAGUACCAUCUGUAUGGCUUCAAGAUGCCCAGCACUUUUACAUGUCGUGAAGAUCCUUGCAUUGGCAGCACAACCUGUUUCCAGUCGCACCCGUCUGAGAAGACCAUCCUUCUCAACGCCAUGUUUGGGAUCAGCGGUGCCUGCCUCUUAUUUACUUUUCUGGAGCUUUUCCUUUUGGGUUUAGGGAGGGUUUGGAGGAUGUACAAGCACAAACUUCCCUUCUCAAAGAACUUGCCAACCUCAAAGAGCUCCAUAAGAUGCAAGGACAUGGCUGAUGACUUGACAGUGGUGGAGACAAAAGAGCCAUUUUGAGAAACAGGUGAGGACCUACUGACAGUCAUCUGUCCCU